CUAUAAUAAUGGACAUAUUUACACCAUUAAUUUUAUUUUCCGUAGUGGCUGUUUAAAUUUUUAUAUCAUACAUUUCCUGCAAAUUGGCAUCAGUAAUUAAAUUUAAUAAGAAUCACCAAAAUAUAUAUUUGACGUUACUUUUAUUGUUAUCUUGCAUAUUAACAUCAAUUUAUUGAAUAACCCAUUAUAGAAAAAAAUCAGCAUUAUGAUCAUCAGAUUACCUUCAAAACGAUGCAGCUUUUUUAUUGGGCUAGCGAUAUUAAUUACUACCGCAGUGUUGUCUCUAUUCGUAUAUUUCAGAUUCUACGUCAAAAAUGAAAUUCAGGAUCCUGAAUUUCCCCAGCCACCGUCAAGUUUGCCAAUGGGAGUAUACAGCAAGGUCGGCGUUGUGUCUAACGGUGGACCAUGUUCACAAAUCGGAGUGGAUGUUAUGUCAAAAGGCGGAAAUGCAAUAGAUGCAGCUAUAGCUACUUUGUUAUGCGACGGGGCAGUUUGUCCACAACAGAUGGGCAUUGGUGGCGGGUUCAUAAUGAGCAUUUAUAACGCAACGACUAAAAAAGUAAUGUCAAUCAACGCACGUGAAACAGCUCCAGCAGGAGCAAAUACAUACAUGUUUGUAAAAGAUCCGAGAAAAUCUAUGUACGGAGGACUGGCGGUUGCAAUUCCAGGAGCCCUUAAAGGGUACUCAACAAUAUAUAACUUAUAUGGUGGGGGCGUGCAAUGGGAAACGUUGUUCGAACCAACCAUAAAACUAUGUGAAGAGGGUAUAACGAUCAGUGACCAUUUAGAUUUUAGCUUAAAAUUUGACGAAGAUUUGGUAAAAAACGAUACAAUGCUCAGAAACAUUUUUUUCGACGAAAACGGUGAAUACAUGAAGACGGCAGGGGAAACAUAUAAGUUACCGAAAUUAGCAUCAACUCUAAAAAUCAUAGCAAAAGAAGGUGUAAAAGCCAUAUAUAACGGAUCGUUAACAUCCAAAAUAAUACACGAUUUAAAAAAAGUCAAUGGUAUUAUUACGAAAAAAGACUUGGCAGAUUAUAAGGUUGAAAUUGAAGAAUCUUUUUCAGUGAACUUAACAAGUGGACAUACAAUACAUUUAGGACCACCACCUGGUUCUGGUAUAAUAUUAGCUUAUAUUCUCCGUGUACUAGACGGCAUUUUACCGGCGCCUGAUGUAGGCUUAGACGAACAUCGGUUGGUAGAAGCUUUUAAAUUUGGUUACGGCGAACGAUCACAUUUAGGAGACCAUCAAUUCGUCAAUGUAUCUCAAAUUUACAAUAAAGUAAACUCGGAUAGUUACAUUGAGAGUAUAAGAAAUAAAAUUCUUGAUGAUUUUACUUCCUUGGAUCCGAGAUACUAUGGUGGUGAUUUUUAUACUCCAGAAGACCAUGGAACGGCUAAUAUAGUUGUCACCGAUUCGACGGGAAACACUGUCGUGUGUACCAGUACAGUAAAUACAUUUUUUGGAAGUGGUUUCAUGUCACCAAACACUGGCAUCAUUUUCAACAAUCAAAUGAACGAUUUUUCUACUCCUGGAGUCGUAAAUUUCUAUGGAAUUCCAUCUUCACCAGCCAAUUAUAUAAAACCAGGAAAACGGCCAAUGUCGUCUAUGUGUCCGACUGUAUUUACCGACAAAAAUGGUGACUUUGUUCUCGGAGCGGGAGCAGCUGGAGGAUCAAAAAUUACUCUUACUACAGCAUAUAUUGCUGCUCAUAAAUUAUGGUAUAAUAAUACGUUGAAAGAAGUAUUAGAUAAACCUAGAAUAUACCAUCAACUUGUACCCAUGGAGAUUCGAUAUGAAUAUCGAACAACAAAGGAUGUUGUACAAAAACUUAAAGACAUUGGUCAUCCAGUAACUAGGAUGCAUUAUACUCGAGGGUCAGCAGCAUCGGCUAUUAGCAAAUCCCCCACAGGAAUGAUCGAAGCUAUGUCAGAUUUUCGACGACCAGGAAAUACAUCAGGAUACUAAUAGUAUUAUGUAUAUAAAUUAUUGAUUAUUUUCAAUAUUUUUAAAUUUAUUCUAAAAAAUUAAUCUCAAACGUUAAUUUUUUUAAAUUAUACAGGAUAUGUGAUCUAAAAUAUAAUAUAAUAUAAUAAUGUAGUUAUUUUCUAUAUAAAUAUUUAAUUAAAAUUAUAUUAAGAAGUAUAACAUAACAUUACAUUAUAUAAUAAGUGGUAAUUUGUGUAAUUUUAAUUUAAGUUACC